AUGAAUUCCAACAAUGGUAAACGCCCUAUUCCAUUUUCUUCUUCAUCCUCAUCUUCAUCCUCACCUUCACCUUCACCCUCACUCUUAUCCCAACAAUCAGAGGAUGAUCUUGAUCUCAAUACUAUAAUACAAUCACAAGAGCAAGCAUUACUAAAUGUAUAUGCUAACAACAACGCUGUCAUGGCUUACUAUAUGGAAACGAUGGCAAAUCAAGCUAGCAACUCAAGGCACGGUGGUUCGGUUCCUGGCCAUAGAGUGAUUCAUCGUGAUCGUGUCGAUGGUGAUAGAAGGUUAUGGGCUGAUUAUUUUUCAGAAAAUCCAAAAUAUAAUGAAACAAUGUUUCGUAGACGAUUUCGAAUGAGUCGAAAUUUGUUUUUACGAAUUGCCAACGCCGUUAAAGAUCAUGACAACUACUUUGUGCAACGGAGAGAUAGAAUUGGAAGGCUAGGCUUGUCUACUUUACAAAAAGUAACAGCAGCCUUUCGAAUUUUGGCUUAUGGAGUACCAGCGGAUGCAACGGAUGAAUACAUUCAAAUUGGAGAAUCAACUGCAAUUGAAAGUGUGAAGAGAUUCUGCCGAGCAAUUGUAGAGAUCUUCGGGGAGCGCUAUCUAAGAGCACCUGAUGCUAAUGACGUUGCAAGGUUGCUUCAAAUUGGCGAGAGUCGUGGUUUUCCUGCAAAUGGUAUAGCACCCCCAGCUCAUUAUGUUAUUCAAGGAGAACAGUACCAUACGGGAUAUUAUUUAGCUGAUGGUAUAUACCCAAAAUGGUCAACCUUGGUACAAACCAUUCAUGAACCUCGAGGGCUAAAGAAAAAGUUAUUUGCAACGAUGCAAGAAGCAUGUAGAAAAGAUGUCGAACGCGCAUUUGGGGUCCUCCAGUCACGAUUUGCAAUAGUCAAGGGACCGGCACGUUUUUGGGAUAAACGUGUAUUACAUGAUAUAAUGACAUCUUGCAUCAUAAUGCACAAUAUGAUAAUUGAAGAUGAACGUGAUGAGCAAGCGGAUAUACAAAGGUGGAGAGAAGCGCCGGCUAUUGAAGUUGAUAUACGUAGAGAUGAAGCUACUCUAUUUCAAGAAUUUCUUGCUCGACAUAGACAAAUAAAAGAUAGAGAAGCGCAUUAUGCACUUCGUAAUGCAUUGAUUGAGCAUUUGUGGCAACUAUAUGGUAAUUCUGAAAAUUAAAUGUAAUAGU